ACGACCGAGUCACCAAGAGGGUUAAUGUCAAGUGCUGGCGCAAUGGAGACGCAAUGAAGGAAAACACUACCUCAUUUUCCUCUUUCACACCCGAAACAGUUAGUAGUUCAUCCAUUUUUAUCCCAAGAUUUAAAAAAAUUAACAUCUACACAUCAUAUAUUUUCCCAACACCUUGCUGUAGACAUUAGUUGUCAAACGUUAAGUAACGUUGCGCGUUUGUAUCGCUCUUAUUUCCACUAAUACUCUCUGAACGCCCCGGCCUAUAAGGCCAGCCUUGGUGGCCAUUGAUUUACCUUACUUAGGCUAAUAGAGUGUAGCCUCUUGCUUGUUGAAUAUAAUUACUAAAUUAACCUAUUUGCUGUUUUUGGUAACGUUUAAGAUUCCAAUCGUAUCAAUUUAUUGUGCUGUAUUCAGACUGGAAAGGCAGCGUUCAGUAAGGGCUUACUUCAAAAUUUCAAUUGCUGCUUUAGUGUUACCAUUACGGUAAAACAUGGCAGCCUACUUGCCACUCAUGCGUUUAUGUUAGCUAGAAUGUUCUAGCGCCUUCGUGAGUCUGUACUGGAAGAGGAGUCACCCUUUUCGGCUCUCAGAAGGAUUCCGUGCUCGCAUCCAUCAAGUAUCGUGUUUAUAGCUUUUAAAAGUUAGAGCGACAUGGCAGAAGGCAGACAAAAUAGGAGAUAUCCUCAGAAUCUUCAGGGGGUGUUACAGUUGGCAAUCGAUGCCGGCUCCGGCGCAGACGGACCCACUGCCAUUGAACCCAUUUCACAGGAGAGGAGUUUGUGGUUAAGGGAGGCUCUUGCAGAUGUCUGCAAAGGUCAGAUGGAUGAAGUGGAGCAGAUGAAGCAGUGUUUGACAGUCCUGAACAAGGAGGAUGUGAACGGAGAGGAGGAUAGGGAUGACGAUGAGGAAGAUGAGCGGGAGUCAGCCUUUGAGUUGCUGUCAGAGUUGUGUGAGAAUCUUGACAACGCCAGAGAUCUGAUGGUUCUGGGGGGGCUGGACGUGUGCGUCGCCAAAUAUUUGUGUCACGCCCAAAGUGGGUUGAGGUGGCGCGCUGCCCAGCUCAUUGCUUCCUGUGCUCAGAACAUGCCGCAAGUGCAGGUCCACUUGCUAAAGAUCGGUGCUUUGCCAAAACUUCUACAGCUGACAGACUCGGACCCCCACCCCACAGUGAGAGUGAAAGCCCUUUAUGCAGUCUCAUGUCUGGUCCGAGAGCAGGAGGCAGGACUGGAGGCGUUUCUGUCUCAUGACGGCUUCUCAGUGCUGAUGAGAGGCAUGCAGUCUGAAGACGAGAAGCUCCAGACUAAGUCGGCGUUCCUUCUUCUUAACCUUCUCACAUCAAAUCCUGAACAAAAAGACACACUGAUCUCUAUGGGGAUGGUGCAGCAGCUGGUCUCAGUGCUCCGCACUCCACACUCACCUUUUCAUGAGCACGUGCUUGGCGCCCUUUGUUGCCUGGUGGAAGACUGUGAGAAGGGGCUAAAAGACUGCAGGGAUCCAUCUCUCAAUCUAGAAGAGUUAUUGCGACUGCGAGCCAGGGAGCUCCAAGGCAAAGAUGAAAGUCAGGAAGAACUGGAAUUCUGCGAGCGCCUGAGGAUGGCUUGUUUCCGUAGACACCAGUCAGACGAUCAUGGAAUGGACCGCUGACCUGUGAUGGAUUUUAUUACCUGAUUUUGGUGCUCUAACAUGUAACACGGAUAUUUGGAGUCAGGAUUAUGUCAUGAAAGCGUUGUUAGUUUAAACAAAACACAUUUAUGCAUGUACUGUAUAACUGACCCGUCCACACCAUCUCUUUGCUGUUUAAAAUUGUCAAUACUCAAAAGCAAAUUCAAUAUAUUUGUCAUUUUUAUUUCUCAGAGGGCUGUCAUUUCAGUUGUCUGUAAAACACGACUCAUACAUAUGGACGUUGUCAAUUUUCUUGUUAUUUAUUAAGAAAACACAAUGGUUUUAUACAUGAUCGGUUCACAUAGGCAACUCAUGAAACUAUCAGUGAUAUACUGUAAAUAUGUCAAACAUUUGGUACAGCUGCAGAAUCAAAUAAAAUCUCAUACAA